UCUCGAUUCUGUUUAAGUAGGUUACACCAACAAUCAGUGACGUAGGCCGUAUAAAAGCCGGUCGCGGCACCGCAAGGACCAGCAUUUUGGUUUGGGAUUCGAAUUCGGAGAGAGGGUGAAGAAUUUUUAAAAUGAAGUUAGUGAUUUUUAGCCUCCUAUUAUUAGGAGUGUGCGUUUAUGCAGAAGAUAGGGUUAAACGGCAAGCAAGUUACACUUUUCCUGGUCCCCGGAACGAAAGGGGAUAUCGCCAACAAAACGCUGCCCCUGUUUAUGUCGAAGAGCAAGAUGAAGAUGCUUAUCCAGCUCCUCGUAGACAGUUCCAGGCGCAGCCAGUGCAGCCCCAGUACGCUCCUUCUCAACCAAGAGCACCUCCACCUCCCCCUCCGGCGCCUGUUGCACCUCCCGCUGCACCUCCAGCGCCUGUGUAUGAAGCUCCGAGGCCGGCAACCCAAAGUGCACCACCUGCGAGAAGGAGAGCCUCUUCGUCCAACAGUCGUGCCAAUAAGAACCGAGCUGCACCUCAGCAGUCACUAAACGGACAGGCUGAUGAUGAAGAAGAACCUGGUCCAGAUCCUUUGACUCUCCUUCUCGAAGAUUCUCAGUUCACUUGCAGUGGAAAGAAUGAUGGUUACUAUGCUGAUGACAGUGUCAAUUGUCAGGUAUUCCACUACUGCGUGGGUGGAGCCAAACAUUCUUGGAUGUGUCCAGAGAACACUGUUUUCCACCAAGUCCAUCUCAAUUGCGUGCCGGAUGCUCAAGACAUUUGCGCUCAGUCUCAGAAAUUCCAUUUCGUUAAUGAUUACCUAUACAAACCUGUCGACUACGAAGGCCCUAACAACACAGCUCGGUAUUCUCAAAGGUAUUAUCCAGAUGGUUACGUCGUUGGAGAUCCUCUUGUUGCACCUCAAGAACAAACUGCAAGGAGACCAGCCCCACCUCAGCAUCAGUCAUAUUCUGCAUCAGCGGCUCCACCUCCCAGACCACCAACACGUGCAGUUUCUGCCCCACCUCCCCCUCCUCCUCCCCCUGCGUACAGAGCGCCUCCUCAGCAAGCAAAUUACAGACCAGCAGCACAAGCUAGACCUGCUCCAAGGCCUGCUAGACCUGCGGAAUCUUACCCAGCAGAGGCUCCACAAGGCUACAGAGCCUCUCCGCAGGCACAGCCAGCACAUUCACCACAGCAGUAUCGAGGUGAGCAACCCCAGCAGGCAGGACCUCCAUCGCAGGCGUACAGAGUUUCAGCCCAAGCUGCUCCACCAUCGUCUUCCAGUUACAGCAGUGAAGAAAAUCUCUAUCAACCACAACCUGCCCCGCAAAGUAGAAGGCCUUCAGCACCACAACGCUCUAGUGCUGCUGCCUAUACCCCACCAAGGACUCAGCAUCGUCCCACAAGUGCCAGAUCUGCUGCAGGAUAUCCAGCAUAUGCCUCCAACCAGGCAGCAGGAGUUCAGUAUGACGAAGAUUACUAAACAGAACUGAAUCUAUGAAGACUUUUUUGUACCAUUGUGUGUAUUUUCCUGUUACACGCACUUUUUCAUCCAAGUUUGUGGUUGAUCGGCUUUGAUAAUUACUUCCCGCUCGUGAUUUUACCGCUUUCUACGCCUGGCCCUUAGAUUGACAGGAAGAAGCCGAGUUAAAACUAUAGAAAUUUUAUUUUCCCUUUCUAUGUUUAGUAACUUAGCAUCAACCAUGAAUGACAUUAGAUACUUAAUGACAGCAGAUGCGAAAAACAAAUGUAACUAAUCGUUUGAUAAAUUACGGUACUCGUUUUUAUCGACCUAAAUAGAAAUAUACGUUUUUAUGCCCAAAUUAGAAUUACUAGUCUUAAAAAUGUAAGUUUUUAGUAUUGAUGACUAUGGGUUACUGCUUUUGCUGUUUUAGGUAAUCUUUAUAUUACAGCCAAAGUACGUUUUUUAAAAGUUAAGCAAUCCAGAUUAUUUUUCAGAUUAUCUCGAUUUCACAAUUUAAAUCUCGCUUAAAGAUAAAUUUGUAAAUAAUAUCAUUGAGAAAGAAUGCGUUGCUAAUUAUUUAGGUAGUCAAUAAAGCUUCGAAAAGAGUUUGAGGUUAAGGGCAUUCGUAAGAAAGCGAAAAUCUUGUGUGUACAUCCCAGCGAAGUGUUCAGAGACUGUAAAUUCCACGUUGAUUCCAUGAUUUCAUAUCCACAAUCAGUUUAGAAGCGAAUGUAAAGGAUACCACCGUAAUGCGAAUUAAUAUUACCGUUCGCAUUACAGUGAUAUAAGUAUAUGAUUUGCAUCAGCCAAAAUGAUACACAUUUUCUGUGACAGUAUAUUUGUUUUUAUAAAAAAUGGAAUUCAUUAAAAAAGUUCAGGAAUACA